AUGCCAGUUAGAGUUGGGUCAAGUCAGGGCCAGUUACCCAUUAGAGUCGGGUCAAGUCAGGGCCAGUUACCCAUUACAGUUUGGUCAAGUCAGGGCCAGUUACCCGUUAGAGUUGGGUCAAGUCAGGGCCAGUUACCCAUUAGAGUUGGGUCAAGUCAGGGCCAGUUACCCAUUAGAGUUGGGUCAAGUCAGGGCCAGUUACCCAUUAGAGUUGGGUCAAGUCAGGGCCAGUUACCCAUUAGAGUUGGGUCAAGUCAGGGCCAGUUACCCGUUAUAGUUGGGUCAAGUCAGGGCCAGUUACCCAUUAGAGUUGGGUCUAGUCAGGGCCAGUUACCCGUUAGAGUUGGUUCAAGUCAGGGCCAGUUACCCAUUAGAGAUGGGUCAAGUCAGGGCCAGUUACCCAUUAGAGUUGGGUCAAGUCAGGGCCAGUUACCCAUUAGAGUUGGGUCAAGUCAGGGCCAGUUACCCAUUAGAGUUGGGUCAAGUCAGGGCCAGUUACCCAUUAGAGUUGGGUCAAGUCAGGGCCAGUUACCCAUUAUAGUUGGGUCAAGUCAGGGCCAGUUACCCAUUAGAGUUGGGUCUAGUCAGGGCCAGUUACCCGUUAGAGUUGGGUCAAGUUAG